AUGGUUCCGUCACCAUCUGCAUCCGCUUCGUUGAUCAUGUCCUGGAGCUCAGCUUUUGUUUGGGUUUCACCAAGGGAGCGCAUAGUAGUACGGAGCUCAUUCACGUGCUUUGAAGAUGAUCAGGAUCCAAUAUGUACGAUUAGCGAGAAAGGGACGAUGAACCAUACCAUCACCAUUCUUUGUGACGCGGCGCUUGAUCAUGACCUUGAUUCUUAGCCAUUACGCACAAGAACUCAGGGAAAUCGAUGGUUCCAUCACCAUCUAAAUCCGCUUCGUUCAUCAAGUCCUGAAGAUCAGCUUUUGUCGGUUUUUCACCGAUUGAACGCAUCAUGGU